GUUCAGUCGUGAGUCGAUGUUAUUUUUAUUUUCGUAUUUUCUAUUCGCUUAAUCGCUAAUUGUUAAUUAAUCGUAAUCCUGAAACGUUUGUGAUUUGUUUCUUUUUUCUGCAAAAUUUUAAUUUGAUCCUGUGAUAAGUGUGAUUUGUGGUUUGGGUCGUUUGAGAGUUGACAGUAGUGGGUAAGGUAUGUACUUUAGGCGACAAGAAAACAAAAAGAUAGAAAAAUAACAAAUCAAUAAUUGAAAUACCUACCCAAUUAUGGAAACGCCGGAAAAUAAAACAAAAACGAAAUCGUCUUCCUCCGAAAUGGACUGGCCGAAAAUAAAACAAGAAAGAAUAGAAUAUUUCCAACAGUUGACGCAGUGGUUGGAGGAAGCUAGGCUAUGGUACAGCUUGUCAGCUGGAUUCUCCAAUAACUUUUCUGGAUUACCGUUCCCAGAUGUUGGGGGUGCUUCGGCUCGGGAACAGAAUGCAAUAAAUCCGUAUGCAGCUUUCUAUCAAGUUCCAGCAUUUGGGUUCAAUCGAGGGCUCAAUGAUGGUGCUAGACUUAAUGAUAAUCAACAGGUCCCUAAUGGAAAUGUUAAUAAUGCUGCUACUUUCAAUGGGGUACCUUUCUACCAAACAUAUCCCUUCAUUUUGCCACCAAACUUACUAAGGCUUCCUACUACUUACCAAUUCAAAAUUCCACCCCUAUGGAAACGAUUAUGUGCUGAGCUUAUUGAUUUUUGCAUUCUAUUCAUAGUAAAACUGGCUCUUACCUUCUUAUUCAUGGAAAGCUUUAGUAUUGGAAAUGCGUUUGAUUUGUACGGUUUGGACAUUUUGCAGAAGGGAUUUCUAGAAGGACAAGAACUGAAUUUCCCAUUGGCCUUUGAACUGGUCUUGCUAGAAUUUCUGCAUAGAUUCAUAGUUUGUGCUUUUGAGACAUAUUUUCUUCGAGGCAAAAUGUGCGCUACACCAGGAAAACGUUGCUUGGGUCUCAUGGUGGUAAAUGUAGAAACCCUAACACUAGUUCCCAACGGACAGAACAUAGAAACAGUUACAGCUACAGGAGUAAAAACGGCUGGUUGGCAAAGAGCGCUUCUGAGAUCAAUUUUGAAAAAUCUGAUGGUAGGAUUAUUGCUACCUUUAUGCGUUACUUUCUAUAUAUUUCCUUAUAAUCGUACUAGUUAUGAUAUGAUGGCCAAUACAUUAGUUGUGGAAGCCCAUCCUGAAUUUUUGUUGUAUCAGUCUCUUAUAGUGCUAUAAAUCAGAUUAUACAUCCAAAUAGAACAAUUAAUAAUAGCAGUCAAUUUUUGCAAGACCUAUAAAUCUUUUGUUCAAAUAUUUUAUCAGAAGCUUAAUGAUUUAGGUCUACAAAAAAUGAACCAGCCAACAUUAAAAUGUGAUAGUAUUUAGAGUGUUUUUUAUUGGGACAUUUAAAUCACAUGAAAAAGUUUAUUGGAGUGUCUAUUUUGAAACGGAACGUCCUUAACUUUUCAAGGAAGAUUUGUUUUCUAAAUUACUGAUCUCGUUGCUGAUACACCAACAGGGAAACAAAACUGGAACUAUAUCAUUGAAGUUGAAUUAUCCUUUAGGAACUUUAGAUAUUAUUAUCGUAAUUAAUCUGUUUCACUCAAAAAUUUUGAGGAAGGUGGCUAUAUAGCAACCUGGGGGAUGAUUUGACUCCUAUGAAUAUAAAUAUUCAAUUUGAAAGGCAAAAAAACAUUUGAAAUUGAAUUUGCAAUCAAGAAUAGAUUGCGGGGAAGUCGUUUCGGCUUUUCAGCCGCUCAGCACUGCUACCUUUGCAGAUAUAUUGUACAUCAGUCAAGAAUAAUUCCGCUAUCAAUUUAAAUUGCUGCAAGCGUUGAAUUAGAAAAUUCCAAACUUAUAAUGUUAUGUUUUGGAAUUUUUUUAGGUUAUUAACUGUGACUUGCAGUGAUUUACGUUAAUUGAUGAAACCCAUAUGAAUAUUAAACAAUAAAAUUAUUAAAUAAAGUAGUAAGAAAAGUCUCAGCUUCACUUCACGAUGAUUCUUGAUUGGAAAUAUCAAUUUAGGCAUGGUUCAGCUUAAAAUCAAGUUGGAUGUGUUUGCCUGAAGCCAUAGAGGGGACACUUUGUAUAAGUAUUUGUGUAAUUACUUACCUACAUAUUUGUUGUUGAUGAAAAAUACAUAUACCGUAUUAAAUUAUAUUAAUAUUAUUGAUUAUCUUGAUAUAGAAUAAUAUGUAAAAUGUAUGUUCGGUUCGCUUUUAUAUUGUCACCUUACAAUGUGACAGAUUUUUGAAAUGAAAAGUGACCCCCAAAUAUUGAUUGGUAUAUUUUUAUAUAACUAACUGUGAUAAAGCAUACAACUUUGACAACUGUUAUGCAUGUUAAAUUUAUUUUUUAUCAUUUUCUUUAUGUUGAAAGUUCUUAGCUUUAUAAUCACUUGAUCGAUAUUUACUUUAUUAUUAUUUUUCAGUUGUUAUUAAUAAAGGUAUUAUUUGUGAUGGCUAUGAAUUUUUGUAACCUACUUUAUAUUCAAAAAUAAUUUCGGUAAAACUAGCAUUCAUUAAAAUAUAUUUUUUUUUGUGGAAAUAAAACAAUUAUUUUUGACCA